GUUGGCAGCCGCGGUGCAAGCAGAAAGAACAACAAACUUAAAAGAAAAACAAUUUUUGUUUAAAGUGAAUCACAUACACAUGAACAAUUGCAUUCUGACCUGGACCGAACAUGGCGUCCAACGAAUGUGCCCACUUGAUGGAAUUUAAAGAGUUCUUAACAUCACUGAGCAAUUCGCAAAAGACGCCGAGUGAGGAAUUUAGUGGGAAUUGUGUAACAAGCAUUAAAUCUGUCGUACGUCGUCGCGAGAAUGAUAAUGACACCUACAGGGUCAGUAAACAGGAGCUACGAGGGGAACUCAUUUCGGCCAUUUGGCAGCAGUUGGCAAAAUGUCCCAAAGGAUUUCGUGUGAAGCUGCUUCAACGAGCUUUAGUUGAAAUGGAAAAAGAUGUUGAGAAAUGCGAAAUAGUUAUCGGAAGUGGAUUGGUCCCUGGAGAGGAAUCAGCCACACAAUAUGAUCUACCUAAAAUGCAAAAAUUUGUCAGCAAUCAAAUGGAUAAAAUGUUCAUCAACUUAUCAGACAAUGCAGAGAUGGAGAAGCUAAAUGAUUGGGCCGAUGAAGGUUUGUUGUGUGACAUGAAAGAGAAGUGUAUGUGCCAGCUGGAGCAGGAGACGGAUCAAACAUAUGCGGCAUUCGCUGUUAAAAACAAACCACGAAAAAUGGAAGAUCGGCAUGUAUGUCUCGAUCAAUAUGGAUCCAUGUAUGGGCUGAAGCACAAGGAUAGUCGUUUUUUUGGUGUAUUCGAUGGCCAUUCGGGCAGUUUAUCCGCCAGCUACGCCAAGAACCAGUUGCCUCAAGUAUUGGCAGAGCAAUUAAAAAAGAUAGAGCCGGAUCUGGAUUCGGAGAAGGACUCGGACUAUUAUCGCAAUGUCUUUGAGGUGGCAUUUCUCAAGGUCGACGAACGUUUUGCCCAAAAACGCAUUAUAAGCGGUACCACCAGUGUUUGUGCUCUAAUAACUGAAUCAAAACUGCUUAUAGCUUGGGUGGGUGACUCCAAGGCUCUUCUUGUGGGCAAAAGGGGCACCCAAUUGCAGCUGGUGAAACCCCAUAAACCCGAGUCCCAAGAUGAAAGGCGACGAAUCGAGGCUGCCGGUGGAACUGUGAUUAAUGCCCAGGGACAAUGGCGAGUAAAUGGCAUCUUAAAUGUGGCACGUUCGAUAGGCGAUUACAGUCUCGAGGCAGUCAUUGCUGAACCCGAUUUCGUGGACGUUCCGCUUAGUAAGACUCAUGAUUUUCUCGUCUUGGGCACUGAUGGCCUGUGGGAUCACGUACCCGAAACAUUUAUCAUUGACACUGUCUACGAAUGCUUGAAUCAAUCGGACACCAAACUCGAUGACAUUCCCAAGUUAUUGGCAGAGGCUGCCAAGGAGAGAGAUUCGCAGGAUAAUAUCACAGUUGUCGUUGUCCUACUCAAGCCGCGUAAAGAAAUUGGCCUUGACUGAAGGAAAGAAAGAAAAAAUCACAGAAAGAAAUUGGAAUCCAUACAGCGAAUAUUUUGGAUUAAUUGUUAAUACGCGUAUUUUGUUAAUUCGUUAACCACAAUUGUAAAUAAGCUUGUUACACAAAUGAGUAUUUUAGGAAUGGGUUUUUGGCAGAAUCUUUUUUUGAUUUGAUUAACUGAAAAAUAUGUAAACAUUUAAGAUGGCGAAAAACGUAUUCAUUAAGCUGUAUCAAAAAAUAUGUAAAUAUGCAUUAUCUGUUCAAUUUCACAAAUCCCAUCAAGUUUUCUUACAUGUUGCAACCUCAAAUUGUGGAGUUAAACACAAAUUUAUAUCAGAAACUAUUUUGUUUAUUUAAAAAUGAACUACUUUAUUUUGGAAAUCCAAAUUAUUCUAUCAUUUUUUUGUAAGAUAUUAGAUUCAAUGUAAAACUAUUCUAAUCUUUCUUUUAAAUCAUUUAACUAAUUUGCACAAUUUGGUUACAAAAAUGAUACAUUAACAAGAUUUAAGCAGGUUAUAUUCUAUUUGUUACCAUAUUUAUUAUAACCAAAACCCAAAUCCAAUUAAUUAUUUACUAAUUCGUAUUCUCUCGUGCCUAAAAUUUUUGACAUUUUGCCUGGUUGUUAUUUCUGAAAUAUUCUUGUUCUGUUGCUCUCGAAUAAGCUCAAAAAUAAGUUCAAAUUCGGCAGUUAUCAUACAAAGGCUAUAUUUAAAUAUAUAUAGUUAUUAUAAAGAAAUGCUAUUUACAAAAUAAAUUGUUGAUUAAUUUGACCGCUUAGUGCUUCCCAGCUGUAAAAUACAACAAUAGAACGAAAGUAAAA